AUGAGGGCGUCCGUGCCGGGUCCGGCGGCCGGCCGCGAGCCCUCCACGCCCGGCGGGGGCGGCGGAGGCGCCGCGGUGCCGGGCUCCGUGCAGUUGGCGCUGAGCAUCCUGCACGCCCUGCUCUACGCCGCGCUCUUCGCCUUUGCCUACCUGCAGCUGUGGCGGCUGCUCCUGUACCGUGAGCGGCGGCUGAGUUACCAGAGUCUCUGCCUCUUCCUCUGUCUCCUGUGGGCAGCGCUCAGGACCACCCUCUUCUCCGCCGCCUUCUCGCUCAGCGGCUCCCUGCCCCUGCUCCGGCCGCCCGCUCACCUGCACUUCUUCCCCCACUGGCUGCUCUACUGCUUCCCCUCCUGUCUCCAGUUCUCCACGCUCUGUCUCCUCAACCUCUACCUAGCGGAGGUUAUAUGUAAAGUCAGAUGUGCAACUGAACUUGACAAACACAAAAUUCUGUUGCAUUUGGGCUUUAUAUUGGCAAGCCUUCUCUUUUUAGUGGUGAACUUGACUUGUGCCAUGCUAGUCCACGGAGAUGUCCCAGAAAAUCAGUUGAAAUGGACUGUGUUUGUUCGAGCAUUAAUUAACGAUAGCCUGUUUAUUCUUUGUGCCAUCUCUUUAGUUAGUUACAUAUGCAAAAUUACAAAAAUGUCAUCAGCAAAUGUCUACCUCGAAUCAAAGGGUAUAUCUCUGUGCCAGACUGUUGUCGUAGGCUCUGUAGUCAUUCUUCUCUACUCUUCAAGAGCAUGUUAUAAUUUGGUGGUGAUCACCAUAUCUCAGGAUACAUUAGAAAGUCCAUUUAAUUAUGGCUGGGAUAAUCUUUCAGAUAAGGCUCAUGUAAAAGACAUAAGUGGAGAAGAGUAUAUAGUAUUUGGAAUGGUCCUCUUUCUGUGGGAACAUGUGCCAGCAUGGUCGGUGGUACUGUUUUUCCGGGCACAGAGAUUAAACCAGAACUUGGCACCUGCUGGCAUGAUAAAUAGUCACAGUUACAGUUCCAGAGCAUACUUCUUUGACAAUCCAAGACGAUAUGAUAGUGAUGAUGACUUGCCAAGACUGGGAAGUUCCAGAGAAGGAAGUUUAUCAAAUUCACAAGGUUUGGGCUGGUAUGGCACCAUGACUGGGUGUGGCAGCAACAGUUACACAGUCUCUCCCCACCUGAAUGGACCUAUGACAGAUACUGCUCCUUUGCUCUUUACUUGUAGUAAUUUAGAUAUGAACAAUCACCAUAGCUUAUAUGUAACACCACAAAACUGA